CGUCUUCACUUUCCCCUUCUGUAUACGACAUCCGAGCGGAAAAACUAAACAUUUGAAGCAACCAUCUAUGGCGGCCGCCACCACUACCACCACCGUCUCUUAUGUCCCGACCUCCUCCUCCCGCUCGAUAUCCACUCCUAAAGGAGCUGCCUUUACUCUGAACCCGCCCCAAAGAUCCGACCUUUGCCUCUUCUCCAAACCCCUUCCUAAACCCUCUUCUUUCCCGCAGAGACCCUGCUGCGUUUUCUCCACUAAAAACCCCAUCUCUGACUUUUUCUCCACAAAUGGGAGCGGCCCAGAUGAUGGUUCUACCGUCUGGUUUUCUGAUAAUGACGAUAAGCCCCGUGAAGAGUGCGGUGUUGUGGGCAUUUUGGGGGACCCAGAAGCGUCUCGUCUGUGCUAUUUGGCUCUUCAUGCUCUGCAGCACCGUGGACAGGAAGGUGCAGGUAUUGUAGCUGUCAACAACAAUGUUCUUCAAUCAAUUACUGGUGUUGGGUUAGUUUCUGAUGUGUUUAAUGAGUCUAAGCUUGAUCAGUUGCGUGGUGAAAUGGCUAUUGGGCAUGUAAGAUACUCAACUGCUGGUUCUUCUAUGUUAAAGAAUGUGCAGCCUUUUGUUGCUGGGUACAGGUUUGGGUCUGUUGGGGUUGCUCAUAAUGGUAAUUUGGUGAAUUAUGUAGCUCUAAGGGCUAUGCUUGAAGAUAAUGGGUCAAUUUUUAAUACUAGUUCUGAUACUGAAGUUGUGCUUCAUUUGAUUGCAAUUUCAAAGGCUAGACCUUUCUUUUUGAGGAUUGUGGAUGCCUGUGAGAAGCUUGAGGGGGCUUAUUCCAUGGUUUUUGCUACUGAGGAUAAGCUUGUUGCAGUGCGUGACCCAUAUGGGUUUAGGCCUUUGGUGAUGGGGAGGAGGAGUAAUGGUGCUGUGGUGUUUGCCUCAGAGACAUGUGCUCUUGAUUUGAUUGAGGCUACAUAUGAGAGAGAGGUCUAUCCUGGUGAAGUGCUGGUAGUGGACAAAAAGGAUGGGGUUCAGUCACUCUGUUUGAUCCGUCACCCUGAGCCUAAGCAGUGUAUUUUUGAGCAUAUCUAUUUUGCUCUGCCAAAUUCUGUGGUGUUUGGUAGGUCAGUUUAUGAGUCACGGCGCCUCUUCGGAGAAAUACUUGCCACUGAGGCUCCUGUUGAUUGUGAUGUUGUCAUUGCAGUGCCAGAUUCUGGUGUGGUGGCUGCUCUGGGUUAUGCUGCUAAAGCCGGAGUGCCAUUCCAGCAAGGGUUGAUUAGGUCUCAUUAUGUUGGGAGAACUUUCAUUGAACCUUCCCAGAAGAUUAGGGACUUUGGUGUCAAGCUCAAGCUUUCACCAGUUCGUGGUGUCUUGGAAGGGAAGAGGGUUGUAGUUGUGGAUGACUCAAUUGUGAGAGGAACCACUUCUUCAAAGAUUGUCAGGUUGAUUAAGGAGGCAGGAGCUAAGGAGGUUCACAUGAGGAUUGCUAGCCCCCCAAUUAUUGGAUCUUGUUAUUAUGGUGUUGACACACCAAGCUCCGAGGAGUUGAUAUCUAAUAGAAUGAGUGUGGAGCAGAUUAGGGAGUUUAUUCAAUGUGAUUCACUGGCUUUUCUGCCAUUUGAUAGCUUGAAGAAGAUGUUGGGUAGCGAUUCUCCAAAUUUUUGUUAUGCUUGCUUCUCUGGAAAGUACCCAGUUAUGCCAAGAGAGGUUAAAGUAAAACGUGUUGGUGAUUUUUUGGAUGAUGGCUUAAAUGGACCUAUGGAUUCCAUUGAUGGAGGUUGGGUUCAAGGUCCUCGAGAGUCCACUGUUGAGAAAGAAAUUGAUGUCCAGUAUCAACAGAGUAAGAUUUAGUCAUAACAGGCAUGUGAUGCAUUGAGAAAUUUUUGAUGCUCCAAGUACAACAGUUAUUUUGCUUCCCUGGAUGAAGUAGCUUCUAAACUCUAAAGCUCACUCAAUUUUGUCUGGUCAUCUUAAUUCUGCACACCUAACUUGAUAAAUGUAUCAGUUUAUUUUUCGCUUUUGAUUACAGACAAAGGAAUUGACGUGAACUUUUCGUUAACUUUUCGUUAACGUUGUUUUUGUUCUUCCCUGCUUCUCUGGUUAUGUUUUCCAGCUUUUCUGCUUAAUAAAUCAACUCUGUGUUUUGCAUCUGAUUGCAGACUUGUAGUAUGGGUUCCUAUUGAAAUUAUCAAAUUGUCUCAAAAGGUUAUUUUGCAUGUUAUGAGUAAAAAGUGUACGCACCG